AUGGGUGUCCAGAAGACCAUCAUCCAAGAGGGCAACGGCCCAUCCCCACAGAAGGGUGACAAGGUCACCAUGGAGUACACUGGCUGGCUCAAGACCCAGUCCGGCGACAAGGGCAAGCAGUUCGACAGCACCACUGGCCGUGGUCCCUUCCAGACCCCCAUCGGUGUUGGUCGUGUCAUCAAGGGCUGGGAUGAGGGUGUUGUUCAGAUGAAGCUCGGCGAGAAGGCGAAGCUGGACAUCAGCAGCGACUUCGCUUACGGCGACCAGGAGUUCCCUGGCUUGAUCCCCCCUCACUCUGACCUCAUCUUCGAGGUCGAGCUCAAGAAGAUCAACUAG